UAGCUGCUGCCGCCCGUGUGAAAAAACCUCAUCAGAAUGGCGUCGUAUCAGAUAGCGAAUCUGCUGGAGAAGAUGACGUCCAAUGAUAAGGACUUUCGCUUUAUGGCGACCAACGAUCUGAUGACGGAGCUACAAAAGGACAGCAUCAAGCUAGACGAUGAGUCGGAGAAGAAAGUCGUCCGCAUGGUGCUGCGUUUGCUGGAGGACAAGAAUGGUGAAGUGCAGAAUCUUGCCGUCAAAUGUCUUGGCCCGCUGGUGAACAAAGUGAAGGAAAAUCAGGUGGAAACGAUAGUGGAUCUGCUGUGCGCCAAUAUGGUGUCCAACAAUGAACAGCUGCGCGACAUUUCGAGCAUAGGACUGAAGACGGUCAUCUCGGAGCUGCCCCAAUCGUCCAAUUCGCUCGUGCCAAACGUUUGCCAGCGUAUCACCGGCAAGCUGAGUGUGGCGAUCGAAAAGGAAGACGUUUCGGUGCAGCUCGAAGCGUUGGACAUACUUUCGGAUCUGUUAUCGCGCUUCGGUGACCUGCUCGUUCCCUUUCACGAGCUGAUCCUGAAGGCGCUGGUGCCGCAACUCGGUUCAGCUCGGCAAGCAGUACGCAAGCGUACGAUAGUGGCACUGUCCCACCUGUUGACAACCUGCAACAACAACGCUUACAACAAGGUGAUCGAACAUUUGCUCGAUGGGCUGGAGAAGCCGCAAAAUCCUGGCACCAUCCGUACGUACAUUCAGUGUCUGGCAGCUAUUUGCCGGCAGGCCGGCCAUCGGUUGUGCAAUCACAUCGAGCGUGUGAUGUUCCUGCUGAAUCAGUACAGCUUACGGGAUGAUGACGAGCUGCGCGAGUUCUGUCUACAGGCCUGCGAAGCGUUUGUUCAGCGCUGUCCGGAAGCGAUCAUACCACAUAUUCCAACGAUUGUAGAUCUUUGCCUGAAAUAUAUCACCUACGAUCCAAAUUACAAUUACGAGGCAGAUGAUGGUGACGGUGGUACUUCGAUGGAAAUGGAAGACGAUGAAGAAAUCGACAGUGAAGAGUACAGCGAUGAUGACGAUAUGAGCUGGAAGGUACGCCGUUCGGCAGCAAAAUGUUUGGAAUCGGUCAUCUCGACAAGGCACGAGCUGUUGGAAGAAUUUUACAAAACACUUUCCCCUGCUCUUAUCGCACGCUUUAAAGAGCGCGAAGAAAACGUCAAAUCCGACAUAUUUCACGCAUACAUUGCUCUACUAAAAUCGACCCGUCCGAUGGGCGACGAUAUUGGGCACGAUCCCGAUUCGAUGGAGCAGAUUCCUGGUCCAAUCAGUAUGCUUACCGACCAGGUACCGACGAUAGUGAAGGCGGUACAACCCCUGAUGCGUGAAAAAUCCGUUAAAACCCGGCAAGAUUGCUUUCUGCUGCUGCGCGAACUAUUAAACGCUCUGCCUGGAGCACUUUCGAACCAUAUCGAUCAAUUGAUGAACGGCAUACAUUACUCGCUGAACGAUAAAAACUCGACGUCCAACAUGAAGAUCGAUGCGCUCGGCUUUGUAUAUUGUAUGCUGGUCGGACACAAUCCACAGGUGUUCCACGCGCACAUUCAGCUGCUCGUGCCACUCGUCGUAAACGCGGUGUUUGACCCGUUCUACAAAAUUGCUACCGAGGCACUGCUCGUCCUGCAACAGCUGGUGAAGGUGAUCCGGCCGCUCGAAAUGCAAACGUCGUUCGAUUUCACGCCGUACGUUAGCCAGCUGUACACGAGCACGCUGCAGAAGCUUCGUUCGCCCGAGGUCGAUCAGGAGGUGAAGGAACGAGCGAUCGCCUGCAUGGGACAGAUCAUUGCCAAUAUGGGCGAUGUGCUGCAACCGGAGCUGGUGACCUGUUUGCCAUUGUUUAUGGAGCGUCUGCGCAACGAAGUCACCCGGCUAAGCUCAGUGAAAGCGCUUACAAUGAUUGCUGCUUCGCCGCUGCGCGUUAACCUUAGUCCAAUCAUUGGCGAGGUAAUACCGGUACUGGGAUCGUUCCUGCGCAAAAAUCAGCGUGCCCUCAAACUAAACUCGCUCACGCUGCUUGACACGCUGGUGAGGCGUUACAGUCAAUUCUUGGAUCCUAUGCUACUGCGUGGUGCCGUGGCGGAAGUCCCACCGUUGCUGAGCGAAUCGGAUCUACACGUGGCGCAGCUUUCGCUCGUGCUGCUGACCUCGGUAGCACGCCAACAACCGGAAGCGCUGGUAGGCGUUCAUGAGCAAAUUUUGCAGGAAGUAAUGACAUUGGUACGAUCGCCAUUGCUGCAAGGAACGGCACUGAACUGUACGCUCAAGCUGUUCCAGGCACUGGUACAGGCUCAUCUGCCGGGACUGAGCUAUCGUCAUCUGUUGGCGAUGCUGAUGAAUCCGGUGUACAAUCAGCAACAGCACGGCGGUAGUCCACUGCACAAGCAAGCGUACCAUUCGCUGGCCAAGUGUAUUGCCGCCUUGACGCUACAGGUUCCGAACGAGGCGCUAACAGUGGCUGGCGAAUUUUUGCGCGAGAUUCAAAAUCGUCGCAAUGAUUCACAUCUCAUGUUUUACCUACUGACUAUCGGCGAAAUUGGACGUCACUUUAACCUCCACACGAUCGAUACACUAGCGCAAACUAUCCUGAACUGCUUUUCGGCCUCGUCUGAGGACGUGAAAGGAGCUGCCAGUCACGCGCUCGGUGCGAUCGCGGUCGGUAAUCUCAAUCACUAUCUGCCCUUCAUACUUAACGAGAUCGAGGCACAGCCAAAGCGUCAGUAUCUGCUGCUCCAUUCGCUGAAGGAAGUUAUUUCCUCGCUGUCGACCAGUAAGGCCGGACUGGAGCAACUGUUACCGUCCGUUCCAUCGAUAUGGACACAGCUGUUCAAGCACUGCGAAUGUUCGGAAGAAGGUUCGCGGAACGUGGUGGCCGAAUGUUUGGGUAAACUGGUGCUCGUUAACCCGGAAGAGUUGCUGCCUCAGCUACAGAUGGCAUUGCGAAGUGAAAGCGCACUCAUGCGUACCGCUGUCGUAUCGGCAAUCAAAUUUACCAUCUCCGACCAGCCCCAACCGAUCGAUCCACUGUUACGGCAAUGCAUUGGGCAGUUUUUGUUUGCCCUGCAGGAUCCGGAACCGUCAGUGCGGCGCGUUGCCCUGGUCGCAUUCAAUUCGGCAGUCCACAAUAAGCCAAGCUUGGUGCGCGAUCUGCUGCCCGAACUGUUGCCCCAACUCUACUCCGAGACGAAGGUAAAGAAGGAGCUGAUCCGGGAGGUGGAAAUGGGCCCGUUCAAGCAUACAGUUGAUGAUGGGCUUGACAUCCGGAAAGCGGCCUUCGAGUGUAUGUACACGCUGCUCGAGCAGGGUCUGGACCGGGUAGAUAUUAUGCAAUUUCUGGAACACGUGCAGGCGGGAUUACGCGAUCACUACGAUAUUAAGAUGUUGACGUAUCUUAUGACAGCCCGGUUGGCCGCACUGUGUCCGAAUGCUGUGCUGCAAAAACUCGAUCAGUUCGUAGAACCCCUCAGAGCUACCUGUACGCUAAAAGUGAAGGCAAAUUCGGUGAAACAGGAGUAUGAGAAGCAGGACGAAUUGAAGCGAUCUGCUUUGCGCGCCGUUGCUGCUUUGCUACAAAUUCCCAAGGCUGAUAAAAACAUAUACUUGGCGGAGUUUCUAAUCCUGAUCCGCAGUUCUUCUGAGUUGCAACCCCUUCUCGAAUCGGUUCAGAAGGAUUCAUCCGGACAGACAAAUAACAACAUCGACGGGCGUGACUCGUCGAUGGAUCAGAGCUAGGUGGAAAGGACGAAAAAGCGCAAGGUGGAUGGUGAACAUAAGUAGUCUGAUUACGAUGAUUACCCGUUUCUU